AUGGCGGUGAAGUACGAUCACAUAAACAGCAGCUCUCCAACCCCACCUUCACAAACUCCUGACCUGACCUGCAACUCCUCUCACACCUUCCACAUGGACACCAUCAUUCCCAAUCGCAUUUUUGUUGGAGGAAUAGACUUGAAGGUUAAUGAGAAUGAGUUGAGACAUGUCUUCUCUCAAUAUGGUGCAGUACAAGAAGUGAAUGUUGUGAAAGAUCGCUCCGGAAUGUCAAAGGGAUAUGGCUUUAUUACAUUUGAGACUCAAGAGGAUGCACUGAAAGUCCUACAUGUUGCUGAUGGAAUCUGGAUCAUGGACAAAAAGCUCAGAAUUGGUCAGGCAGUCCGCAAGCAGCAAGCUUCAGGAAAAAAUAAGCAUGGUGCCAUGGCCAUACCAACUCGUACCAUGUCCUGUGGGUCCUUCUACCGCACCACCUCCACUGGCUGUCCUUACAUAUACCAAAAUGGAGUGGCCUACUUCCACAGCCCCAGCCCAUCUGCCCACCUCUGGCCUCCUGUUCAUCCUGUGAUGUUUGCACAAUCCAUCCAGCCUGCCUUCCAGCGAGCAGCAUAUGACCACUGCCAGUGUCUCCCACAUCAGUAUCAAUGGAACAUCACCCAGACUUCCUGUCCACUUGCAUGCUCUCAACCAUCAGAAUAUCUGUACCAGCCUUCUGAUGGAGGAUCUGUCCACCUUCCUCUGGGUGUCAUGGAGGACGCCAUGCCAGAGGUUUUUCCACCUGCACAUCUGCUUCCAAAGUGCUGCCACUACACCAGUGUCUCUGAGCACCAUUACCUGACAGAAUGCCAUGAGUCUGCAGAACCUUGCAUGCUUCACGCUUCUCAGCUACCCAUGUAGAGUCCACCUACUGACGGCUUCUCCAGGAAAACAUCACCUUAACCUU